GCGCCGCGCUGGGCAGUCCCGGGUCUCCGGCGACCAUGCCCUGGAGCCUCGCCGCGCGGGCCUGGACGCGCCUGAUCCGGAGCGGGAGUGGCGUGGCGGGACGGCUUGGCGGGAGGACGGCGGGAGUGGCGACCUCCGGGAUGGGAAACAGUACAUCAUCCUCUCUGGAGAAAACCACAGCUGCUCCUGUAAGCCAGAUCCAAGAAACCAUUUCUAAUAAUUGUGUAGUGAUUUUCUCCAAAACAUCUUGCUCUUACUGCACAAUGGCAAAGAAGCUUUUUCAUGACAUAAAUGUUCACUGCAAAGUGGUAGAAUUGGACUUGCUUGAGUAUGGGAGCCAGUUUCAGGAUGCACUGUACAGAAUGACUGGGGAUCGGACGGUGCCAAGGAUAUUUGUCAACGGAACAUUUAUUGGGGGUGCAACUGACACUCACAGACUUCACAGAGAAGGGAAACUACUCCCGCUGAUUCAUCAGUGCUAUUUACGGCAGAACAAGAGAAAAGAGUUGCAGUGAUGUGGUGCUGUUGUGAUGCCCGUGGCCCGUCAGUAUUUCUAAUCAUGCUGAUGGAUGAUGCCUUUGAAACGUCUGAGUAUGUUUUCAGUAUGUGAAUGAUUAUCAUCAGAGUUAUAGAAAUAAUGAACAAUAAAUCACAGUGGAAACCUCAUCUUCCUACUUGCCAGUUCUUGAGUAAAAGGGAUGAUGUUUAAAACUCAAGGUGUGGCAUGUAGGGGUAAAGCACUUGCUUUGCAUGUGGCUGAACCUGAUUUAAUUCUCAGCACUGCAUAGUGUCCCUUAAGCACCACGAGAAACCACUCAUGAGGAAGGAUUGAGGAGCAGCCCCUGAGCACUGUGGCAUGUGGCUCCAAAACCUGGUUCUUUCCUGGAAAGUGAAGGCUUUCCCGAGGCACUUGUAAACUCAAUGAGGAUAUCCUUGUGCCAUGUGAUGAUACCCUUCACAUUUUAACUUCUCAAGCAAGAAAAUUUUCAAACAGGAAUUUUAGAGAAACCAAAUGAACUUGAAUGAUUAAGUACUUUGGAACUCAGUAGUGUCUCCAGGCAGAAAUUUCAAAGUGGCAUCACUGAUAGAGGAUAAGCUUAUGAAACUUGUUCAUCUUCCAAAUUGUGCUAAAAGUGAUGGUAGAGCGGAGCCCGGAGUAAGCCCUGGGCACUGCUGGGUGUGAUCCUCAAACAAGCAGACUAGCUGGAGGUUAGACUGUUCCCAAGUCACCUCAAGGUGGAUAUGCCUCAGUUCUGUCCCCAGCACUGCCCUGGACUCCUUGCAACAUCACCUGUGACUGAAAUACAAAAAGUAUACAAAUAGCUGUUGAGAAAAACGGGGUCUUCUGUUCACCAUUAUGAGAAAUAAAUACUUUU